CGCGAUGCUUAAUUGUUACAACCAACGUCACCCAUAUACGCCUAUUUUCUCAAGUGCUUUGCUUUAAUCCCUGACUGCUUACUAUCGGGACUCACAUCAACCCUUCCUUCCUGUCCAGGGCUUCACUUGUCGUUUUCUAUCCGAGUACGUUUUGUAGCAGUUAUCCUGUAGUGUGGUAAAGUUCGGGGUUUGUACCAUAGACACGCUCUCACGACAGAUGGCUUCGUCAUUAAGGCCCCGGACCUGUACAUUUGUGCGUGAAGGAGGAAGGUCUGUGUUUGGGCCCUCGUUAUGCCGGAGGCCUGCCUUGACUGGUCCGUCGAGGCGGCAAGGCGCGGUCUAUUGUAAUGCAAAGAGCAAAGACGCCCUUCGAAGGAGCUUUGACAGUGAAGACGAGCUAAACAACGAACUAGCGGAUGAGCUGCUCGCGGUGGCGGACCCGCAGCGCCUCAAGAAGCUCGCACAGCACUUUGAGCUGGCAUGGAAGAUUGGCAGGCCCGGCCGCCCCCGCACGUGUGACUGCUGCCAGGGCCGCAAGGAGGAGGAGUGCCACUGGUGCCAUGGAACAGGCUACCUGAUGGUGGGCGGCCAGGUGAUCCCCUCCACCCCCGCCCGCACCAACCACUGCCCCGUGUGCAAGGGGAAGGGUGUCACCCAGUGUGGCAGGUGCCGGGGAACGGGCUUCCGGGCCACUUGGCUGCCAGCUGACUCGGACCUGCUGCCGUGAGGAGGGGAGGGGAGGGAAGGAAACGAGGGGUGUGGAGAGCUCAAUGGGAAGGAUGGGAAGGUUGGAGGGUGGGAAGGUUGCUACGUGGCCGCAGGAAGGCGUCGCGGAGGUUGAUGAGGGGCAGCACUAUGAAACCGGAUUGGGAAUCAGACGCCUAGGGCAAGUAAGAAGAGGGUUAGUGCGCAGGCUUGGAGUGCGCGAAGGGAAAUGUGGAAUGGGAGGGCCGUUGGGCGUUGGGCGUGUUGGAAGCGGACCCAGGAAGGCGCUGCUGAGAGUGUUGGCGGGUACUCUUAAAGGGGCACGUGUUGUCCCCUUGUGUGCUUUUGGUGCACAUGAGGGCGGCUGUGGGGGCUGUGAAGGUCUAGGAGGAGGUUCACGCAUGCACGAAGGGGCUUCCCAGGGUCCGCGGGAAGGCAAUGGCGAGGGCUCGGGACGAGGACGUUGUACAAUACUUUCUUCUGUACCAAUACCUUACAAAUGCACCGUAGCGAACCCAGCCCAGGGGCUGGUGCUAGUUGUGAUGAAGCGGUAAACAGAACAGUGGCGACGUGUUUGGUUUUCUCGCAUUUUGCUGACUUGUUUGAAGGCUAUGCAUGCAUGGGUGCUGCAUGGCUCGUGUCCUUCAAGGGCGGCGCAAGGCAGUCCCGAAGUCUCUGGAGGACCUCGAUUUGAAGAAUGAUGUAUAUUGGAAGUGGUGGUGACAGUAUGUUUGCGUGUGGCAGUAUUGCAUGAUCGACGUAAUGCGUCGGUUCUGGUGUGUGGUCACACUGUGACGGUUAUGAUAGGUUCUUGUUGUUGUUGUUGUUGGUGGUGGUGGGUGUUUCAUGAGUGAUAGCGUUUGGAUGGAUGCGGUAGCACGUGGGGAAGUGCGCUCGCGUGUCAUGCAUGUGCUUUGCAAUAGUUUGGAAUUGCGGCGGUUUCGCUGCGCGAAGCAUGCAGAGGCGGGGGAGUUAAAACAGCCUUGGGGGCUCGGACUCUCGAGGCUCUCUUCCUAUCCACAAAAAACAGUUGUUCGGAUCGAUAAACAGUGAUAUGGUAUGUUUUGCUGAUUAGAACUUACCAAGUGGUGGUGCACUGCACGCCCUUGUCCGGGCUUCCCCCGCUGGGCGCAUUGCCUGACGGGCGAAGAAAGGCCUGGCUGACCGUGUGCCGUGUGUCCGUCGCACGUGUGUGCACGUCAUUGCUGCUGGUCACUCCUCAAUCCUGGUUACCCACCGUUCGUCUGUUUGUUGCUGUUUGUCGGCUAGCGCGCUGGCUGGUAUCCUUGUGUGGAACCGGCUCAGCACGUGUGUGGCUGCACCAACAUACCGUAUGUGGGCGAAGGGGCACGGUGAUUGGGCGACAGUGUGUGCCAUGAUCUGUUGUAGGAACGUGGAUGAGGAAGCGUGCGCAUGAUGACGGCUCACGAAGGCAAUUGUGAUGUGCUUUGCGAGGCAGCAGGCAACCGGAUUCGGUGUGUGUGUGUGUGUGUGUUUUCAUCAGCGUGUGUCCCCCCUACCCAGCACGGAUUGGUCUUGAUGUACACCGCUGUGAAGCACGAUGUCUCUGUACACUUCUGCCUGGUUCUGCAUCCUGUUUAAUAAUAAUUUUGGCGCGUACCGUACCAUAUUCUUCCUAAAGCGGGUGUGGAGAUCCUGUCGUAUCUCGCCGCAUGGGUCAGCCCGCACCCCAGUGUCCUUAGAUGGCCAAGCCAACGUUGGGGCACGACAGUUUCUCGUCUUGAGCUCCGUUUUAACUUGUUGUAUCAUGCGCCCGGGGGAUAUAGAUGCAUGGGGGCUGGCGGCCGUCUGCUGCCAGCGUGCAUGAACCCCUGCCCCUGACUUCGGAGGAUCCCGUACGGUACGGUACGGCAAGAUCUUUCAAGGCGUUGUAAAAGAGAUACCAGA